AGUGUUUCCCUUUUGUUACCGACCCACGUAAUUGGCGACUUCUAAAAACCCUUCUUCUGGUUAGUGCUGCUGCGCCCCAAUUUUGCAGACACCGGAACACAAUGUGGCGACCCCCACGCCCGCCGCCCCUCCGCUACUUCCUCCGCCGCGUCCUCCCUGGUCCCUCCCCCUCCCGUUCCCGUUCCCUUUCCCUUUCCCAUUCCCCACUCCCGCCUUUCUGCCAUCCGAUCCCUCUUCCAUUCUUUCCCUCGACCAUCCGAUCCUUCUCCUCCUCCUCCUCCUCAGCAUCCGCCGUCGCCUACUCGGACCUUGCCCGCUCCAUCUCCGCCGAUCUCGUCAAGCUCUCCUCCCCGGCCGAUCCUUCUUCCUCUGUCCUCGACCUGCCCGGUCACUUUUCCCUUCACUUCUCUGAUGUCCGCUUCAACACCCGGCUUCUUGCUGAGGUCCUCGACCUCUCCCGCGCCGCUGGCCGCUCCGCCGUCGACCUCUACCGCUGGAUCGUCCGCCAUCGCUCCUUCACCCCCUCCGAUGAGUCCCUCUCUUUCCUCGUCCACUUCCUCGGCCGUCGCAAUGACUUCAAGGCGGUCUACGAUCUCUUCUCCGAGUUCCGUCGCGCAGUCGGCCCCCUCUCCUUCCGCGCAGCCCUCGACCGCCUCGUCCGCGCCGGCCGCGCCGCCGAAGCGCUCCGCUUCUUUGAUGCCGCUCCUGCAGAUCUCGGCAUCCGCCGUGACCGCUCCGCCCUCUCCUCCCUGGUCGCCACCCUCACUGAACACGGAUUUCCUGGCUAUGCUGAGCGUGCGGUGAAGCGCUACGCCAACGAGGUCUUCCCAGACGAGGAGAUCUGUACUGCUUUGAUCCGGGGGUGGUGCGCUGCCGGAAAGCUUGAGGAGGCCCGCCGGCUUAUGGGAGAAAUCCUCCGGGGAGGGUUUGAGCUCGGAACACCUGCCUAUAAUGCGAUCUUGGAUUGUGUUUGUCGGCUUUGCCGGAAGAAGGACCCACUUCGACUGCAGCCAGAGGCUGAGAAGAUUCUCUUCGAGAUGGAAUCAUCCGGUAUCCCUCGUGAUGCCGAGACCUUCCGCGUGCUCAUCACCAAUCUGUGUAAGAUCCGGAAGACUGAGGAUGCCUUGAAACUGUUUAGGAAAAUGAGCGGAUGGGGGUGCUCAGCUGAUGCAGAGACCUACUUAACCCUCAUCCGGAGCUUGUUUCAGGCUGCUCGGGUAUCCGAGGGGGAUGAGAUGGUUGGAUGGAUGCGGUCGGCUGGUUUCGGGGAUAAGCUUGACAGGAAAGCCUACUAUGGAUUUAUCAAGAUCUUGUGUGGAAUCGAACGGGUGGAGCAUGCAGUGAAGGUGUUUCGGUUGAUGAAAGGAUAUGGUCAUGCUCCUGGGGUUAAGACUUAUAGUUUGUUGAUAGAGAAGUUGGCUAUGCACAAUCAGUCUGACAGGGCAAAUGCCCUCUUUAGUGAGGCAGUGGCACGUGGGGUGCCGGUGACACCUAAGGUAUAUAAAGUUGAUAAGAGGUUUGUGAAGGUGAAGGAGAAGAAGGUGAAGAAGAGGUUGACGUUACCAGAGAAGACGAAAAUGAAAAGGAGGCGGCUUAAAAUGCUGAGAUUGAGCUUCGUGAAGAAGCCGAAAUUAAUGCGGAAGAUGACUUGAUUUCACAAAUGUGGUAAAGAUGCUGUUUCAUCUGUCCUUAACUUUAUGUUGUUGACUACAUUUAGCACAUUUUUACGUGCUACAGUUCAGAAAUUCCAGCCCAAAUUUAGCACACCAUUUUAGAAUUUCAAUAAUAAGUCUCUCAUCCUUGUGUCUUGUUCUUGGUAAAUAGAGAUUUAAUGGAUCAUUAUCUGCAAGAUUAUUGUAUUGUGUAACUUCAGUUCAACGAAAGUUUUAUCCAGUAGCAUCUGCAUAA